UACGCGUUGACUGACCAAUCAGAGCGCGCCUGAGCUUUUGCGAGCGCAGUUCCGUGAAAUGCGCCGCACAGGCAGACGCUCCUUCCACAGCAAGCCGAUUCUCGGAAACCCGUUUCCCCGGUGCUCUUCUUUAGAAAAAACGCUGAGCUCUUCUCACUUACGUGGAGCUCGUUAAACGUGGCGAGACGUGUGCUUUUACUGCUGACAAGGUGAACGUGUGCUUUCCCAGGCUGACACGGUGCGCCAUUACGCCAGAGAUGGAUGUCGGCUUGGACUCUUUAUUUGUAUAAUUUAUCAUCUUUAAAACGUUAAAAAAAAGUCUCAUUACCCAUCACGUAUUUAGCAGUUCCGAAUUAAUUCGUGAUGCUCUUGUGUGUGUCAAGGAUUCUAAUCCCAUCUUCAUCAAUGGUUACUGGAGAGAUGAUAGUUACAAGCAAUGGAGAAGGUCCCUGUAACCAACCGGUCAUGGUUUCUGCUCAGCCAUGGAAAUCGUUUGAAAACCUGCGAUGCAUCCAUGCUACAUUUCAGCAUCUCAAUGCCUCAGGCUGGUACUGGGGGAACAUUUCAGCCAGUCAGGCUGGAGACGCUCUGGCAGGCACGGCAGAGGGGACGUUCCUCGUACGCGACAGCAGCCACACUCACUACUUCUUCACCCUCUCUGUAAAGACGAACAGAGGCCCUACCAACAUACGCAUCGAGUACAGCGGCAACCGCUUCCGACUGGACUACAGUUCUAGCACCUGUCCUCGCCUGCUGUCUUUCCCCACCGUGUCCGAUCUGGUGCAACACUACAUGGGCACCAGCAGGAGAAAGGAGAAAGCUAAGACAGAGGAAGAUGCUACAGGAGCACUGGAGGACAAUGCUGUUCUUCUGAAACUCAGACAGCCUUUGUAUAAACCCAAAACCUUUCCCACAUUACAGCACUUGGUCCGCCUCACCAUAAACAGACACACAAACUGCCCAGAACAGCUACCCCUACCACGUCUAAUGCUACUUUAUCUACAGGACUAUCCCUUCAAAAUAUAACAUUGACAGCAAUCUUAAUUAGAUUUUGUUCACAAGGCUUAGAUUUGGUUCUUCGACUCUUCUCCUGAACGAGACCACUGGAUAUGUAUUUAGAUGAUGUGGCAGAUGUGUGCCAUGUUAUGGACUAUGGGUGCUGCUAAAGAUUGCCACAGACUCCCAUAAUGUAUUGUGAGAAAUAUGUUGUGACAUUCAGGCUUGAGGCCAGUGAAACAAAGCUGAACUGAGCAUAAUUAACUCUGAAACCAGAAAGCACUUAUUUGAAUGUUACAAAAUUGAGACCAAAUAUUUAAUGACUGUGUAAUAAUUUAUAUUUAAAUCAUGUAUUGGAUUAUAUAGCCAAAGCAACUUUGACGUUCAAUACUGAGACGUCAAAGUUACAUGAUACUUUACAUGACGCAACCAUUUGACGUUUUUUACUAACUAGUAUUUUGAGGGCAGUUAUGAAGGGGGGUGAAAGAGAAGUGAAAAUGUGUUGUGGCAUUCAGAGGGCAACAUUUCAAGACGAUUACAGUUAUACAAUGACAGUUAUAUGCAAAGUUAUACCUUUGUUCUGUCUGCCUGUAAAUUACAGGCUAUGAGGAGAUGCUUCCUGCAUCCUGUUUACAAAUGAGCAAAAUUUGUUUAAAUUAAACUUAAAGUUCCUUCUAAUAUUAUUGUCUGUACACAUUUCCAGUUUUUAUUAAAGUAUUUCAAUGAAACUUUG